CGCGCCUGCGCAGUGAGUGUCGACGGCCUCGAGCGCCUAGGCGGGAGGUGUUUCUGCAUGAGAGAAGAGAGCCGCUACAAGUGGACGUGGCUCAACAGGCUUUAGGAUGUUGGAAGAUGAAGAAAAGGUGAAGUUACGCCGACUUGAGCCAGCUAUCCAGAAAUUCACUAAGAUAGUGAUCCCAACAGACCUGGAGAGGUUAAGAAAACACCAGAUAAACAUUGAGAAGUAUCAGCGGUGCAGAAUUUGGGACAAAUUGCAUGAAGAACACAUCAAUGCAGGGCGCACUGUUCAGCAACUCCGCUCCAAUAUUCGAGAAAUGGAAAAGCUUUGCUUGAAAGUCCACAAGGAUGACCUGGUUCUUCUGAAGAGGAUGAUUGAUCCUGUUAAGGAAGCAGCAGCAGCAGCCACAGCAGAGUUUCUCCAGCUCCACUUGGAGUCUGUUGAAGAACUCAAGAAACAAUUUAAUGAGGAAGAAGCUUUAUUACAGCCUUCUCUGACCAGAUCCACGACUGUUGGUGGAGCACUCCACACUGCGGAGGCUGAAGCUGCUUCUCAGAGUCUGACUCAGAUAUAUGCCUUGCCUGAAAUUCCUCGAGACCAAAAUGCUGCUGAAUCCUGGGAUAACUUAGAAGCGGACUUAAUCGAACUUAGCCACCUGGUCACUGAUUUCUCCCUCCUAGUAAAUUCUCAGCAGGAGAAGAUUGACAGCAUUGCAGACCAUGUCAACAGUGCUGCUGUGAAUGUUGAAGAGGGAACCAAAAACUUGGGGAAGGCUGCAAAAUACAAGCUGGCAGCUCUGCCUGUGGCAGGUGCACUCAUCGGAGGAGUGGUGGGGGGUCCCAUCGGCCUCCUCGCAGGCUUCAAAGUGGCAGGAAUUGCAGCUGCACUUGGUGGUGGGGUGUUGGGCUUCACAGGUGGAAAAUUGAUACAAAGAAGGAAACAGAAAAUGAUGGAGAAGCUCACUUCCAGCUGUCCAGACCUCCCUAGCCAAAGCGACAAAAAAUGCAGCUAAAGCUCAGGCUUCCACCUGGGCCAUGCGUCCACCCUAAGGAGCACCUCGCUGCUGCGGAGUGCUCAGCUGCUGGACAGUGUCAGCCAGCCGUUCUCCAUGGCCGUGUGCUGUUGAGCCUCCGUCACUGGAUGCAUUUGUUUGCUGGCUGUUAAUGGAGAUGUUAGGAGUGGAGGAGCCUGGGCCGAGGGGUAUGGUGUCUGUCAGGUCCAGUUUAAAGACUGCCAAAGAGCAAAUGUUCUGCCUGGAAAUGUGAAGAUUGAACCUAUAACUCUAAGGAUCUAAGAUGUGUACAAAUGUAUCAGGCACAUGAGGGUCAAUGUGUUUGUAUAUUAUUAUUUCCUCCUGUAGGGAGAAACAGAAUGUGAGUUCGGGAGUCUUUCUGUCAGGUAGGGAUGUUGCCACCUAACAAGGGGUGCAGGCGAACUAUUUCUGUACUUGGGGACUGAUUGUACUUGGAUCCAUCUAUAUUUUCUGGUGAAGGUAAUUAAUACUAUAAAAUGGAAAGAGAA